CAUACCUACCGGCGGUAGCUGGCCCGGUGGGGCCUCGCGGGGAGACGCUCGCGCGCGCACGCGCACACGCCGCGGAGCGGAGCGCGAGACACCGAGGAGGGGAGUAAGUAGCAUCGGAGGAGGCGUUAGAGGAGGAGGCGGUGUGUGCGUAUGUGUAUGUUCUAUGGUGUGGCUCGUCGAGGGGCGAGCGGAGGCUUGGAAGAGGACGGAGGAGAAGCGCAAAGAGUCAGAGUCUCCAUCUGCUAGAACCUCUAAUCUGGUUACUAUGGAAACAUGACCACAUAAAAAGGAAGUCCAUUCUGAUAAUUCUGAUACCUGAGAUGUAACUGGACUGAAGGGUAGAACAGGGAAAUUUUUAGUGCCAACCUUAAUUACAAUGGCUACUGAUUCAGGGGAGCCAGCUAGCACAGAAGAUUCUGAGAAACCUGAUGGAGUUUCACUGGAAAACAGAGUUCAUCAGAUGGCAGCCACUUUGACAGUGGAAGCUAGACUGAAGGAAAAUGACAGUACCAUCUCUGCUGGGGGGGAAACUGUCGAAAGGAAGAGAUUCUUCCGAAAGAGUGUUGAUGACAAAGUUAUCGAUUCUUCCUCCAAAGAUGAGAGAACGAAGGCUACAACAGAGAUUCCAGGCGGAGAAAAGCUUCCUGCAAAUGUGCUAAGAGGUGAAAAAGAAGUCAAAUUCUCACAAUGUUCAAAGGCAACUUCCGAAUCCUCCAAAGAUUGUCUCAAGGAGAAAAAUGAAAAGGAAAUGGAAGAAGAAGCGGAAAUGAAGGCUGUAGCUACUUCUCCUAGUGGCAGGUUCCUGAAAUUCGACAUAGAGCUGGGAAGAGGAGCCUUUAAAACAGUGUAUAAAGGGCUGGACACUGAAACAUGGGUUGAGGUUGCUUGGUGUGAGUUGCAGGAUCGGAAAUUAACCAAAGCUGAGCAGCAAAGAUUUAAAGAAGAAGCAGAGAUGUUAAAGGGUCUCCAACAUCCCAAUAUAGUUCGAUUUUAUGAUUCCUGGGAGUCUACAUUGAAAGGAAAGAAAUGCAUUGUAUUGGUGACUGAACUUAUGACAUCAGGAACAUUAAAGACGUACUUAAAACGAUUUAAAGUCAUGAAACCAAAGGUCCUGAGGAGCUGGUGCAGGCAAAUUUUAAAGGGGUUGCAGUUCUUGCACACUAGGACUCCUCCUAUUAUUCACCGGGAUCUCAAGUGUGACAAUAUUUUCAUCACAGGACCUACUGGAUCUGUGAAGAUUGGUGAUCUAGGCCUCGCUACCUUAAUGCGCACAUCAUUUGCUAAGAGUGUCAUUGGGACUCCUGAGUUUAUGGCCCCAGAGAUGUAUGAAGAGCACUAUGAUGAAUCAGUAGAUGUCUAUGCUUUUGGAAUGUGUAUGCUGGAAAUGGCUACUUCGGAGUACCCUUAUUCUGAGUGCCAAAAUGCAGCUCAAAUAUACCGUAAAGUAACUAGUGGCAUAAAACCAGCCAGUUUCAAUAAAGUCACUGAUCCUGAAGUGAAAGAAAUCAUCGAAGGUUGUAUUCGUCAAAACAAAUCUGAAAGGUUGUCUAUCAAGAACCUACUAAACCACGCAUUUUUUGCUGAGGAUACAGGACUGAGGGUGGAGUUAGCAGAGGAAGAUGAUUGUUCAAAUUCAUCUUUGGCUUUACGACUCUGGGUUGAAGACCCUAAAAAAUUGAAAGGCAAGCACAAAGACAAUGAAGCUAUUGAAUUCAGUUUCAAUUUAGAAAAAGAUACCCCUGAGGAAGUAGCCUAUGAAAUGGUCAAGUCAGGAUUCUUCCAUGAAAGUGAUUCCAAAGCUGUUGCUAAGUCCAUUAGAGACCGGGUGACCCUGAUAAAGAAGACAAGAGAGAAGAAGCCAGCUGCCUCUUUAGAAGAACGCAGGGAUUCGCAGUGCAAGUCUGUGGGGAGUGUUCUCCCUCCACCCCAGAAUACAACUCUGCCCCCUGCUCCUGCUCAGCACACCGCGGCUGAAUGUGAAGAAACUGAAGUGGAUCAACAAGUUCGACAACAGCUUCUACAAAGAAAACCACAGCAGCAAUGCUCCUCUGUUACAGGUGACAAUUUAUCCGAGUCCGGAGCUGGAUCAGUUACACACUCAGAUGCAAGUCAGCCCAGCACAGGCUAUUCCUCGGACCAGAUGAUGGGCUCUCAAAUGGUUUCUAGCAUCCCACAGGCUGAAAUGAAUGUUCCAGGGAAGAUUUAUCCACCCCAGCAGCUAGUAGGACAUUACCAGCAGAUUUCAGGGGUAAGAUGAUCUCCACAGCUGGCUCAGCCCCAGAUUUUGCCUUUGGCUCAAGGUCAGUCCACUGUUUUGCCUGUACAUGUCCUUGGACCACCAGUCUCACAACCCCUGGUGUCCCCAUUAACUGUCCAGAAGGUCUCGCAGACAAAGCCUGUAUCCCAACCAGCUGCAGCUGAACAACAAGCAGUGCUUCUAAAACCAGAUUUAGUUCGAAGUUUGCAGCAUGAUGUGGCAGCCGUGAAGGAAAACAACAACACCCCUGAUAACCCAAGUGGAAAUGGCAAACAGGAUCGGAUCAAACAGAGAAGAGUGUCCUGUCCUCGACCAGAGAAGGGGCCCAAGUUCCAGCUUACUGUCCUGCAGGUGUCAACUUCUGGAGACAACAUGGUAGAGUGUCAGCUGGAGACACACAAUAACAAGAUGGUCACCUUCAAAUUUGAUGUUGAUGGUGAUGCACCCGAGGAUAUUGCAGACUAUAUGGUUGAAGAUAACUUUGUGCUGGAUAGUGAGAAAGAAAAAUUUGUAGAAGAAUUGAGGGCUAUUGUAGGUCAAGCCCAGGAGAUUCUGCAUGUCCACUGUGCUGCAGAAAGAGCCACUGGAGUUGACUCUGUCGCUGUAGAACCCAACAGUGGCCAAACAGGGUCAUCUGAACAAGCACAGAUAAAUUCUGCAUCCACUCAAACCAGCAAUGAAUCUGCUCCUCAGUCAUCCCCAGUUGGUCGGUGGCGAUUCUGUAUCAAUCAAACGAUAAGAAACCGUGAAGCUCAAUCUCCUCCUUCUCUUCAACAGUCCAUAUCUACAGUGCCUGGGCUAUAUCCACUUUCUAGUCCAAGAAAAACAAAUAAUAAGGAAAUGUCACAGGACACACUGCUCACUCUAGAAAAUAAUCCAUGCCAGCAUGCACUUUUCACCUCCCAGUCAGAACACAAUGAUGUGGUUGAUGGUAAGAUUUCUGAAUGUGCCAGUGUAGAAACUAAGCAGUCAGCUGUACUUCAUCAAGUGGAAGAUGACAGGCAGAGAAUGGUACCAGUUGUUAGUAGUUCCGCUUACACUGCUACUUCAGUUUGUACAGUUCCAGUUAAAUGUGAGGGACCCACCAACCAAGCAGGAACAUUUCUACCUGUGCUUCCCUGUCACCAAGCUGCCACUCAGGCUAAUGUACUUACAGCACCUUCUGGCGAGUCAACUCAGAUUGCUGGUAACUCUCUUAAAACUUCAGCAUUUAUUUCUGAUCAAAGGCCUCAAUCCUUAUCAGUGCAGCAGCCAACUGUGGAUGCAGAGUUUAUUUCCCAAGAAGGAGAGAAAACCACAGUGAACACUGAAGCAAGUUCUCCUAAGAAGGUCAUCCCCACUCAGACCCCCGGCCUUGAACCGUCUACCCUUCUACCUACUACUGUCCUAGAAUCAGAUGGGGAAAGACCUCCAAAAAUGGAGUUUGCAGAUAACCGAAUUAAAACUCUAGAUGAAAAGCUAAGAAACUUGCUCUAUCAGGAGCAUAGCAUGACUAGCAUCUACCCUGACGGCCAGAAGGACACCCAAAGCAUAGACUCUCCAUUUUCUUCCUGUGCUGAAGAUACACUCUCGUGUCCAGUGCCAGAAGUCAUAGCCAUCAGUCACUGUGGAAUUCAAGACAGUCCUGCACAGUCCCCCAGUUUUCAGCAGACAGGCUGUAAGGUUCUGUCCAAUGUGGUUGCCAGUCAGCCUGCUAACAUAUCAGUGUUCAAAAGGGACCUGAAUGUGAUUACUUCUGUACCCAGCGAAUUAUGUUUACAUGAGAUGUCCCCAGAUGCCUCACUUCCAGGGGAUCCAGAGGCCCAUCCUGCUGCUGUGCCAAGCGGUGGAGCCACUCGUCUGCACACAGGAGUGGAAACAGAUGAUGUGAUAUCCACAGUUGCUCCUGAUCCCAUUUCUCUGGCAGUAGAGUCCACAGCUAAUAGUAGGCCUUUGAGUAGAUGCAAAUCGAUGAGUGGAUCCUUUCAGCGGGGCCGGUUCCAGGUGAUUACAAUCCCUCAGCAGCAGUCUGAGAAAGUGACAUGCACUGGAAUACAACACGGGUCAGCCUUCAAUGACAUGCCAAGCCAUUCUAGUGAAGAAGCUCCAGCCUUCACUGAAACAGCAAAGGCUCAGGUAGUAGAAAUAGAACCUGCCAUGCACAGUCCAGAGACUGUAUUUUCUCCUCAGAACCUAGAAGCUCUUCAUGAAACCUUUCCGGAAGUUAAACCAAUUCCUAAACCAGGAGACAGCUCAUCUUUCAGCACAGCUGGUGAGACUGAUGGAUCUUCUAUAACCCCGGAAAAGGAAUUGGAAGAAAACUCAGCUACAGGAAAUAGCAUGCAGUCUGGCUCUGAACUGCUGCUCACAGGGGGAGAGAUACUUACUGUUGAGAAACAGCUUUGCUCUGAUGGUGAGUUUUCAGCCACUCUUACUGACACAGGGAACUCGGUGGCAGACAGUCAUCCAGAGAGCGAUCAGUGCUUACCACUCCAAGAAGAAAAAGCCUGUGCUCAGACAGAGAACUCACUCUUCUAUUCACCAUCUUCACCAAUGAGCAGUGAUGAUGAAUCCGAAAUAGAGGAUGAGGACUUGAAGGUGGAGCUUCAAAAAUUACGAGAAAAACAUAUUCAGGAGGUAAUAAAUCUUCAAACCCAGCAGAAUAAGGAGCUUCAGGAGCUCUAUGAUCGCCUCCAGGCAAUUAAAGAUAGCAAACUUCAGUCAUCUGUGGUUUCUCUGCCAUCCGCAACCCCACCGCGUCGACCAAGAUCUUUAAGAAGCAAACUUCGAAGCCGCCCCCAGUCCUUGACACAGGUGGACAGUGAUUCAGCAGCUACAGAUCUACCGUGUGCGGAGAGUAAUACAGCAUCAAGCCAGCAAUCUCCAGCUAGUAAAAAAGGGAUGUUCACAGAUGACUUACACAAAUUGGUAGAUGACUGGACAAAGGAAACAGUUGGAAAUUCUCUUAUUAAGCCAAGUUUAAACCAACUUAAACAGAGUCAACACAAAUUAGAGACUGACAACUGGAACAAAGUACAUGAAAAUACUCCAUCUGCUCUGGGCUACACACCAACAUGGAUUUCUUCUCUGCCCCAAAUCCGUGGAGCUGUUCCCACCUCCUCACCACAAGGACUCCCACUCCCUUCGUAUCCUGGGCCAUUACCAUCAUAUGGAGUGUCCCAUGUCUGUCAGUAUAAUGCUGUGGGGGGGCCCGGUUAUCCAGUACAGUGGGUAGGAAUUCCCGGACCAGCUCAACAGCCUGUGGUCAUACCUACCCAACCAGGGCCACCGUUCCAGCCAGGAAUGAAUUUGCCUGCGUUUUCAUCGUCCUCAGUGCAGAAUCCAUCCACGAACCCUCCGGGUCCCAAAUGAAUCAGAGUAAAUGACGAAUGAAGAAAAGGGAGCUUUUCUUCAGAGUUAUUUCCGGGACACCU